AUGGACCGCUUUGCUGCGCCCAAUGGGCGACCUAGUAAUACCUUCUCAACCAACGCGCCGUUCCCCGUGCUGUCGGACGAGUCCACCUCGUCAACGACGCCAUUCGCCAACGAUGACCACCUCGGCUCCUCCGCUUCCCCCUCCUCCUCAUUCCGCGAUGGAAACGACGCGUCGCUUUGUGGCUCCCUCCCCAGCGCGACCGCUGAAGUCCCGUCCACGGCGGCGCCCCACUCCGUGCAGCAGCCGUCCCGCGAUGCGCGGAAAGAAAACGUGAUGCGGAACACGAGCAAAUCGGCGAGCCAUUCCCCUGCCGCAGUAGCGGAGCAGAGCGACAGCCGAGGAACGCGCAAUAGCGACGAUGACGGCGGCGGUGGCGGAGACGGCGGUGGCAGCGGGCGGCACCAAGACCCGGUAGAGGGCGCGUCGUCGAGUCAGUGCGUGCCCAUCGCGCCGAAGAGCCAGCUUUGUUGCGGCGACACGUUCAUUCUCCCCUUCUACUUGCCGCAGGAAUGGCGCGAGCCGCUCGCAAAGGCCGCCGAGGCCCUCAAGCAUCCCAUCGCCAUCGCGACCCUCGUUAUGAUCGGCAUGCUGACCAUUUCCGGCGCGCUUCUCUUCUUCACGCUCACAGGCAUGUGGAGGGCUUUCGGCGGGACGGAGGAGAAGCUGUGGUUCGAGUUCUCGAAUCAGAUCCUUAACGGCGUCUGCACGGUUAGCUGCCUGGUUAUGCACCCGCUCCGGUGUUACUACGCUGUGCAGUUGGUUCGAUGGAACCGCGUCGACGUCGCGAGCCUUCGCGCGCUGCUGUCGGCGGCGGGCGCUUUCGUCGCGAAGCCGGACGAGCGGUUCCACAUGGCGGUCGUGCUGACGCUGCUUCAACUCAACUGCAUCUUCCAGUACGCGAUAGAGGUUAUUCUCUGGACGAUUCCUGAGCCGCAGCGGCCCGUACCCCUUAUUGCGUUCCUCGUUUGUAUCGCUCUGGGAUCGCCGUUCACAGCGGGUUUGUACUGCAUGUUCAGCCCUCUAGGAUGGGCCACGGCCGACCCUCCCGUUCGCAGAAGUUUCAGAAGCUUUGGGAUGAGUGGUACAGGGUCGCACAAGUCCGUGAGCAAGUCGCACAGUGUCGCAGGCGAGUCGCAGGGAGCGAAAGCGACGCAGUGCGCGCUGUGCGACGGGGUGAUCGCAUGCGAAGGGAAGAUGGAGGUAGUGGUGGUGGCGGACGGGCAGGCGCACGGUGAAACAGGGAAGCAGCGCGCGGGCGUGAUGCGCGGGGAGGAGCAGCAGUCUGCGGAAGGUGAGGGGCCUUCGCUGGCGGAAGGUGGAAAGCCGCCCGCGCCGAGGCGGUUUGGGGAAUACGAGGAGAUAUUACCGAGGGAGGGGAAGCGGACGCUGAAGGAUCCGAAGCAGUGGCGGAUUCCAGUGUGGCGACCAGAAGGGGAGAGAUCAGACGAUGAGAAACCGCAACGGGAGAGGCCGCAAUGGCAGGGGACUGUGUUUGACUGCUGUGCUGGAGGAUGGUGGAGUGCACUCAGCGCAACAAUCUGCUGCUUCUGCGUGCACGGACGGCAUGUGGAGCGAGCUGGGUUCGGCAACAGGAUCGUCUUCACUGCAACGUUCAUCUUCUUUAUCUUUGGACCUAUUGUGAUAUUCACGAUGGGUUCGCGCAACACUCCAAACACCAUCAUGCAGUGGUUUGUGUUUAGCCUGGGCGUGCUGGGGAGCAUUCUCGGGGUGACAUAUGGCGGGUACUGGCGGUGGAAGGUGCGGCGGACGUUUCUGCUGCAGGAGCAGGUGUGGUGCUGCGGGCACAAGGCAGCGACGGACUUUGCAUCGUGGUACGUGCUGCCUUGCUGCUCGCUGUGCCAGGAGGUGCGCACCGUGCGGCACUACCGCCUCCACAUGCUCCCACACCUGCCCGAUGAGACUUCGGGCGAGGCGCAAGCGGCGGGGCAGGGAAAGGCGGUGAAAGUGGAUGGGGAGGUUCAUCAUGAGUACCGAUGUCGUGGUUGUGGUGAAUUGAAGGGUGUGGGAGGUGGUGGGAAGGCAACCAUGCAAGCUCCUUCUGGUGUGAUCAUGGAGCAAGGCAGAUGA